CCAGAGGAUCAACAAAACAGACAUAAACACAAGCAGCGGAAUUGUCUACUUCAGAUAGCUCAAAACCAAAACAGAGAGAAACUCAAAUGGCUGCCUCCUCCUACUUUCUUCUAGCAGCCUUCUUCGCAAUUGUCAUUUCUCGGGCCAUUGCUUCUGACCCCAGCCCCCUUCAGGACUUCUGUGUCGCCGACAUGCACUCUCCUGUGAAGGUGAAUGGAUUUGUUUGCAAGGACCCCAUGGCCGUGAACCCAGAUGACUUUUUCAAGGCAGCAAACCUGGACAAGCCUAGGGACACCAUGCAUAGCAAGGUGGGAUCAGUUGUCACACUGAUCAGUGCCUUGCAGCUCCCUGGCCUGAACACUCUAGGCAUCUCUCUGGCUCGCAUUGACUAUGCACCCUUAGGUCAAAACCCACCGCACACCCACCCCCGUGCCACUGAGAUUCUCACGGUGCUCGAGGGGACUCUCUACGUUGGGUUUGUCACUUCCAACCCAAACAACACGCUUUUUGCCAAGGUCCUCAACAAGGGUGAUGUGUUUGUAUUCCCCCAAGGGCUCAUCCACUUCCAGUUCAACCCGGACUAUCACAAGCCAGCAGUUGCUAUUGCCGCGCUCAGCAGCCAGAACCCUGGGGCUAUUACCAUCGCUAAUGCAGUUUUUGGAUCAAAGCCACCGAUCUCAGAUGAUGUCUUGGCCAAGGCAUUCCAGGUGCAAAAGGGAACAAUCGAUUGGCUCCAAGCUCAAUUCUGGGAGAAUAACCAGAACUAAGUAAUCAAUGUUUUAGUUUUGUUGUACCGAGAGUUUUGGUUAUAUGCAUCUUGCAUAUAACUACAUGUUUUUAGUUUCUAUGCUACGAUUUAUAAAAUAAAUGGCGAGUAUUAGGUACUACUUGUUAAUGUGUGCCUGCGAGCUGUUGUACCAUUAUAUGUCUUUUUUGGAUAUUAAUGUAAACAAUACUUUUCUUCAACACAGAUUGUUUUGACUUGUA